CCCGGGUUCGCCUUCCUGCUCCCUCUCGAGGCUCGCAGCCCGGGUAGCAGCCGAGGCGAGCCAUGGCGCAGUGGGCUUGUUUUUCCGGGCGGCUGCGGGGCUGCCUGAGCUCGCGACUUCUGGCAGCCCCCUGCCCGGAUCUGGCUUGGAGGGGCUCAGCCAGCGCGGCGCAGGUGGCCCCCGCCACUCGGGGCGAAGAGCGGCUGAAACGGCCGGAGGAGCUGCCGGGACCGGGGCUGCUUGGCUCCCUCUAUUGGCUCUUAGUAAGGGGCUACUUGCUGCACACGCAUCGCCUGCAGAUCAUUUCUAAGAAAUUGUAUGGUCCCAUGUGGAAAUCCACCUUUGGCUCUUACAACAAUAUUAAUAUUGGCAGUCCUGAAGUCCUAGAGCAGCUUUUACGCCAGGAAGGGAAGUAUCCCAUCCGGAGUGACAUGGCCCUCUGGAAAGAGCACCGGGAAAUCCGAAAUCUGCCCUAUGGCCCCUUCACAGAGGAGGGGGAGCGGUGGCAUCGCCUGCGGCAGGUACUGAACAAGAGGAUGCUAAAACCUUCAGAAGCUGUGCUGUAUGCCGAUGUCAUCAAUGAGGUGGUGUCUGACUUGAUGGUGCAUCUGAAGGAUGAGAGAAAACAAAGUCCCUCUGGGGUGAUGAUCCAAGAUGUGGCCCAAAUACUUUAUCGAUUUGCCUUAGAAGGUAUCUCAUACAUCCUGUUUGAGACCCGCAUUGGCUGCCUGAAGAAGCAGAUCCCUGCUGAGACACAGCAUUUUAUUGAUGCUAUUGGAGGCACACUGAAGAAUUCAGUCUAUGCCACUGUCCUGCCCAAGUGGACCCGGGAAGUGUUGCCCUAUUGGAAUCGCUACUUGCAGGGCUGGGACACAAUCUUUGACUUUGGAAAGAAACUGAUUGAUCAGAAGCUGGUGGUGUUAGAAAAGUGUCUGGACGAGGGCAAGGAGGUCUCGGGCUACCUAACCUUCCUACUGUCCACUGGGAAACUCAGUCAUAAAGAAGUUUCGGGUAGCAUAGCUGAGCUGCUGCUGGCUGGCAUAGAUACGACAUCCAAUACCCUCUCAUGGGCCAUGUACCACCUAUCUCAAGACCUGAAGAUCCAGGAAGCUUUGUACCAGGAAAUUGUUAGUGUGGUGCCCAAAGACCGGAUCCCUGAUGCCAAAGAUCUUACCAAGAUGCCACUGCUAAAGGCCAUAAUCAAGGAGACUCUCCGGCUGUAUCCCGUGGUCCCCACCAAUGCCAGAAUUAUUGCAGAAAAGGAUGUGAUUGUUGGAGGGUACAAGUUUCCAAAAGAUACCCUGUUCGUGCUUGCUCACUACGCUCUCUCGCAUGAUGAAACCCACUUCCCUGACGCAGAACGUUUCCUGCCACAUCGCUGGCUGCGAGAGCGGAAGCAAUCUGCUCCCCACCCCUUCAGCUCCAUUCCCUUUGGCUAUGGGGUGCGUGCCUGCGUGGGGCGUCGCAUUGCUGAGCUUGAGAUGCAUCUGGCUCUUGCCAGGAUCAUCCGGACGUUCUCAGUCAGGCCUGAUCCAAACUGCAAAGUGGUGAAGCCCCUCGCCCGCAUUGUGCUCGUGCCAGACAAGCCCAUUAACUUGAAUUUCAUUGACAGAUAGUGCUUCGUCUGACUUAGGGUUGCACUCUGGACUCAUCUAGACAGGCCGCAAAGAUUCAAAGCUCAGACUCUUGGGUUUGACUGGGUGGGGGGAAGGCUAGUGGGUUUCUCCAUACCCAGAUCAACAUAGUCUACAAAUUUUCCUCCAUGAGUCCCUGCAGCCCUGAGCCCCCUAUUCUGCUUCUUAUCUGCAGUGAGUGUGUGUAUACACAAGACAUACAUAUACACACACACAUAAAUAUAGGGGUGCAGGAACAAUGAGAGCAAUGAGCAUCCUCUUGAACAGACUGGCUUUCCCACUCACAGGGAUCCCAAGACAGAUAUGCAAGAACAAAAGCCUGGCGCCUCAAGUUGCUCUUAAAAUCCCUCCUUCUUCUACCUCAGGCCUCCUGCCCAAGCACCUGGUAUACCUGUACAAGGAGGUAGUAACAGCCCAAAUGGAACAUUGCAUGCCUUCAGCAUUUGAAAGAUAGUUUUGAAAAUGUGCACUUACACGUGUAAAAGAAAUUACUUAAACAAGGUUUCCUUGUGCUUCACAUGAUCUUGCCUUUCAUUAGCACACCCUCCUAUGAGCCUCGUGGAGUGAUAUCUCUCCUAUGUGUAACGAACAAAAAGAGAAAACCAGCCCAGCUGCUGAUUGAUUUUCCAUCCCAGUUCUUUUAAAAAAACCUGGUAGAAUAUACAUUUGAUUGCAAAAGAGGACAUAUCAUCCAAAGAAAUAAUAUAAAUCAAAUAAAUCAAAAUAAAAUAUUCAUAUAG